UCAGUUUCACAAUAACUACUCUUUCUGUGAAGUAAACAUGCUUGAAAAUACAAGUUAAACUUGAUCCUUCCGGUUUCAAACAAUAAGUCCUACCCUCACAGUGACAGCCGCUUACAGUUCACAACGCACAACCAAUUCAAAUGCUGCUCAUGAGCAACAAGGAAACAGGUGAAACAGAAAAACGAGCCGGGGAUGUGAGUUUCCUUAUCAGUGGUAUGUGACAGAGGCAGCUUUGUAGAACAGACCUGCAGCUGGAGACGUAUGGAAAUGCCUUCAUAUACAUCAUUGAUGAGAUUCUUCUCAAGUGUUGGGAUCCUUCUUCAAGGGUGUCAUUCAGAUGUGACAUGCAAGAAUGACACGGGACAUGACGUUGACUGGUAUAUUUUAUACAAGCAACCUAAUCUGAAUGGAUUUGGUUCUUCAUAUUUGUACAUGGAUGACACCAGCGAUGGGUGGAUUAAGAGUGGAGAAGACAUCGACAGUAGAUCUGGCUCUCUGGGAAGAACUCUGAAACCUCUGCUUGACUUCUAUGACAAAAAAACUGAAGGUUUUGGAUAUAUGCUAUACAAUGAUCAGCCUCCACCUCCUUAUGUUGCUGCUUCAUCCUUUGGCCACAGUAAAGGAAUUGUGAUUUUGGAUCGACAAACUGGAGUUUGGCUUUCACACAGUACACCUAAAUUUCCAACAUAUCGCCGUAGAGACUUCUGGCCAAAAAGCGGGAAUAUGAAUGCUCAAACAUUUAUUUGUGUGACUUUUCCCUACGAUCAGUUCAGAGAAAUAGGAUUGCAGCUCAAGUACAUCCAUGCCUAUUCAUAUGACUCUGAUGUUCCAACAACUUUUCAUGAGGAGUUGCGGUGUGUCGCACAACGAAGCUGCUACCCAAAGAGUGAACCCUGGACCAGAUUGACAGUGUUGACCUCUGUAUCAAGACGUAGUUUCAGGAGCUAUGCAAAAUACUCACGCUUUAGGGAUGAUCUUUAUUCUGGCUUUAUUGUACAAAGCAUGCCACAGAAUUUGUUUGUCAAGAGCUGGGGAAAGCUGCGUAAACCUCUGGCCUCCAAUUGCAGCUCCAGCAUCCCUCAUCAUGUCUACAAUGUAACAUUUGUGCAGUGGCCAGGGAGAACGGCUUUCAGCAAUACUGUGGAUCACUCAAAGUGGUGUGUGACAGCAGAUGGUAGCUGGACCUGCAUUGCUGAUAUGAACAGGGAGGAGAGUCAGAUGAGUCGAGGCGGUGGAGCAAUAUGCACUGACAACCCUGGGGUGGGACGGGCUUUCCGUGCACUAAUCUCAGAUUAUGUGCCAUGCAAGUCGCUACACCGUGAUGCCAGAGACAGAGAGCUGUAAAGGCACAACCUAGGAGAAAAAAGAUGGAGUGCCAAACACUAAAAGGCACUGAAGACUCAUGAAAUGUGUAUGUUUCUUUAUUUUGUUGCAUGCUAAUAUUGUUUUAUAUGAAUUUUAAAUCAUGUCCUAAGCAUUAUUUGUUCCAAAAUCAAGCUAUUUUUACUCCAUGGAAAACAGGUAGAUGACUAUAUGAUCCAAUGCCAACACUGAAUAUCAAAUUCCAUGUUGCUCCAUGGUUUUAUUGUUAUCCCAUAUGUAUUGCUGUCUUUCAGUUAUAGUGAGAUUAAGACUUUUCGAGGUCCUUCUGUGUCUAUAUGACCUGCUGAACCCUCAUCUUUGUGUGUAGUGUUUAGUAACUUUUUACAUUAAAAAACAACAUCAAUCAGUAGACGUAUUCAGGGACAUCUUCAUUCACACUCAAACCGCUUGGUAUCUGAGUGGGCUGCUGAUGGAAACAAUGACGUUUCUGGGAUCAAGUCAUCAAGAAAUAUUAGGAACAUAACUGGCUUUUAUUUUCUUUCUUUUCAUUUAAAUUUGGGUGUCAGUGAUGCUUUGUGUGAUAUGCUUGUGUAUUAUUUUAAAGUUAGUUAUUUCUUCAAAGGUUUUGUAAUUGUCGUGUAAUGGCAAUAAAGUCUGAAUAUGAAUAAAUGAUAAACUAAGGUUACUUCCUCCACACAACUUUGAUGGGGUAAUUCACAUCUGUAUCAUUUUUUGUGCAGAUUGUUUGAGUCAAAGUGUUUUAAUUUCUGUUCCACUUCAUGUAAAACAGAUACAGAGAAUCCAAAUUGUUACUCUCAGAUCUGUAGUGAAUAAAUUAAAAGAAAGAACGAAAACUC